AUGUAUAACCAGAUGGGAAUAACUUAUAUUUUCUGGGUCUCCGAUACAAUGAUAGCCUGUCCCUGGAUGAGAGAAUGGGAAGAAAAGCUCCUUUUUAUCCUGAUCAUGGGGACUUUGGCUGGGGGGUCCAUUUCCUUCAACUGCCCCUCCUCUUGUAUAUGUGCUUCUGAUCUCCUCAGCUGUGUCAGGCAGAACCUGCACCAAGUACCAAAACCUCUGCCCUCUACUUCAGUAUCAGUGGACCUGAGCCAUAACAAUCUUAGCCACCUCCACAGCCAUUGGCUCUCUAGCCUCUCAAGACUGCAUACCCUACGCCUUAGCCAUAAUCACAUCCGCCAGAUGUCAGCCCAUGCCUUUCACAACACCACUUCAUUGCGUUAUCUAGACCUUUCUUCCAAUCUUCUACAGGACAUUAGGGAAGAGUGGUUUAAAAACCUAUGUGAACUUGAGGAGCUUCUGCUAUACAACAAUCACAUUGGUUAUGUGGAUGAUGGUGCCUUUACCAAAUUAAACAGCAUACAAAAAAUCUACUUAAGCUGGAACUUAAUGACAAAUUUCUCAUUUCAGUCCAUGCAGAAUCUGAGCAACCUACGCACGCUUGAUCUCUCCUCCAACAGAUUUCUGAAACUUCCUGUGGAAGAGUUGUCUGCUUUACCCGCAUUUAUAAAGAAUGGCUUGUAUCUGCAUAACAAUCCACUGACCUGUCACUGUGCCCUGUAUGCCCUAUUAACUCAUUGGGAUAAUCGUGGUUUUUCCUCCGUGGUUGAUUUUUUUGAAGCGCACACCUGUCUGUACAUGGGGAACCCACGUGCCAUAGUGCGCAUUCUACAAACACAGAAUGGAUUUGACAACUGCUCACUUGGAAAGUUGCAAAGACUGCCGGAUAAUGGUCUACAGGUUCUUGUUGGGAAAUCAAUUAUGAUGACCUGCAACACUAGCUUGCCCCAAGAAAAUACUACCUAUCUUUGGAUCUUACCCACAUAUGAGUUCCUUGCCUUUCCUGGGAAUAGCAAUCAAAGCUUUAGAAUUCACCCCAAUGGUAGCCUAGAAAUCAGGAAGGCCGAGAUAUGGAAUGCUGGAUUCUACCUAUGUAUUGCCGUAAACAAAUGGCUUAAUUAUAACUCUACCCAUGAGGUUAAUGUAACUGUGCAUUAUCCAAAACACGAAGGUGAGACCUUUAAUACUGGACUUACCACACUUUUGGGUUGUGUUGUUAGCCUAGUGUUAGUCUUUAUAUAUCUCUACAUGACUCCCUGUAACUGCUUUCGUUGCUGUUUUAAGCAUCCACACACUCCUAGUCCCCCGCUAGAGAGUAGGGGCCAGUCAUCCAUCCUCUGUGGAACUCCACCUGCCUCUGAAGGGCCCAACAGUCGCAGGGCUGGCAUCAACCGGCACGUGGUCUUCUUGGAGCCAAUCAAAGAGGGACGGUGUGAGAAAAACUCAAAAGUUAUACAGCUACAGUCAGACUCUGAUUCUGCUAGUUCUGUUUUUUCCGACAGUCCCAUUGUGCCUACUUAGGUGGAUAAGGUAAACACUAUCUCAUCAUC